CCCCCCGUCCCCCCCGCCCCUCCCUGCUGGCCCAGUGCGCUCCGGUGGCUGUGAGCUCAGGUUCCUGUUCAGCUGCGGGCUGUGAACAUGGCAGUGGAGGAGGCAGCAGACUUUCUACCACAAACAGAUUCUAAUGCCAGCUAUCUUCGCGCCGCCAGGGCUGGGAACCUGGAGAAGGCUCUGGAAUACCUGAAGAACGGCGUGGAAAUCAACAUCUGCAACCAGAAUGGGCUCAACGCGCUGCACCUGGCGUCCAAGGAGGGCCACGUGGAGGUGGUGGCGGAGCUCAUCAAGCAGGGCGCCAACGUGGACGCCGCCACCAAGAAAGGAAACACCGCCCUGCACAUCGCCUCGCUGGCCGGACAGACGGACGUGGUGAAGCUGCUGGUCAUCCAUGGAGCCAACGUCAAUGCACAAUCACAGAAUGGCUUCACCCCGCUGUACAUGGCGGCGCAGGAGAACCACCAGGACGUGGUCCAGUUCCUCCUGGACCGGGGCUCCAGCCAGAGCAUCGCCACCGAGGACGGCUUCACCCCCCUGGCGGUGGCGCUGCAGCAGGGCCAUGACCAGGUGGUGUCGCUGCUGCUGGAGAACGACACCAAGGGGAAGGUCCGCCUGCCCGCGCUGCACAUCGCCGCGCAAGACGACACCAAGGCGGCGGCGCUGCUGCUGCAGAACGGACACAACGCAGACGUUGAGUCCAAGAUGAUGGUGAAUAGAACCACAGAGAGUGGCUUCACCCCCUCCAUAUCUCCGCUCACUACGGUAACAUCAACGUGGCGACGCUGCUGCUGAACCGGGGGCUGCCGUGGACUUCAAGGCCCGGGUGGGUGGUCCUCAUACCGCCACA